AACGAGAUUGCAAGGGACCCAACCAGGUCUGUGUAGGGUCGACAAUAUCAUUCACCUUGCCCAUUGUGUGAGUGCUAAGCGAAGUAUGCUGGUCAGAAGCAGGAGUAUUGGGCGUGAGUAAGUGUGAAAUAAACCUCAGCUGUUUCAGUUGAAACCAUUUCAGGUUCAUCUUUUCCUGUUGAAACUACUCAGAGGCUGGGACCAUGGGGAGAUGCAAUGGGCGCUGCACUUUAAUCGUACUCUGCAGCUUGCAGUUGGCAGCUACUUUGGAGAGGCAGAUCUUUGAUUUCCUUGGCUAUCAAUGGGUUCCUAUCCUCGCCAACUUUUUAUACAUUAUGGCAAUCAUCCUGGGUAUCUUUGGAACCAUCCAGUACAGACCCAGAUACUUAGUUAUGUAUGCAGGAUGGCUGGUGCUGUGGGUGGCAUGGAACACAUUCAUCAUUUGCUUCUAUCUAGAAGUUGGGCAGUUGUCACGGGACAGAGACUUUGUCAUGACCUUCAACACAUCACUGCAUCGCUCCUGGUGGAUGCAGAAUGGACCAGGCUGUGUGGCGACCCAAGUGACUUCUGCUGACCAGGCUCCUGAAGACCAUCAUGUUAUCACAGUGACAGGUUGCCUGCUCGACUACCAGUACAUUGAAGUCACCAGCAGUUCCUUACAGAUCCUCCUUGCACUCUGCGGGUUUGUCUACGCUUGUUACGUCAGCAAAGUCUUUAUGGAAGAGGAAGACAGCUUUGAUUUCAUUGGAGGAUUUGAUUCCUAUGGUUAUCAGGCCCCACAGAAGACUUCUCCUUUACAGUUGCAGCCUCUGUACACAAUUCCAUCUAGGAACACAGGUCAGGGUAAACAGGGGACGUCCUGGUCUUAAUGAGGCAGGAACUGAGAACAUGAGACACAGAGACAGUCUGCACCAACUGUCAAAAGCAGACAACGUCCGGGGAUUUGUUAAUGAAUAAGAAAGCUCCAAGGAGGCACACGGAGAAAGACAGAGAGUGGAAGAGCAGAAGGAUUGUAGGGAAUCCAGACAAAAAAAGUUCAGUGGUAACCGGUUGUAAAUUUCAUAGAUACUUCACAGAACCCAGAGAUUUUGCUAUUUUAUAGAAUUAGACAGAAAGUACACUGGCACCCUCUGAUGUUCGAUGUCCAUAAUGCCUGGCUGUAUUCACAAAGCAGUUCUUCCACUGCAAGACCUUGGCAACUGCCUAAGUUAGACCAGCUUCCAUGGCAAUGAUUAGGUGCAUGGGGGAAUAUGAGUGAAGGUUGAUGUUGCAGAGUCCCAUUAGUUUCACAGCCUUUCCUAUCCUGUCAAGUAGGCAGAUUGGAUCUAGUGGUUUGAGGGGAGGUUGUCAAGUUGGAAAGAAGCAUUUGUGAUUUCAGUCUCUUUGUUGAAAGGCUUUUGUCCAUCAUGAAACCUUACAGCUGUUUGCAAAGAUCAGAGUGACUCUUCCAAUUGCAACUGGUUAACUUGCAGUGUGUAUGUAAAGAGCCACAUGACAGGAAUAGGAAGAGCUCAUCCCUGUUCUAAUGCCAUGAAGCACGAGAUUGCUGGGUUGGUCAUGUUAGUGGUUGGAGUCCUGUACUUGCUUUCCUAAAGUGUGUUGAUUGUGAGCUGCUUUUAUAUUACAUUGUUUUUAUGAAGGGGCACAUUGAUUGGGAUAGCGGAGCAUCCACCGUACGUACAAAAACUUGAGUCGAAUUGUAGACCCAGUCAGUGAACGGGGCCCCGGCCAUCACAUGGUGUUGGAACCAAUAGUCCUGGAGGAUGUUUACUUAUGUUGGUCCCAAAAGCCAUUAAUGUGGAUUAAUAUGAGUGCUGUGAGGUUGAUAGUUGUAGGGGGAUGGGGGUUCUAGGGGUAGAUAUGAGUGUUGUGUCUUCAGGCCAUAGGUUGGAUCAGAUGGAAAAGAGGCAGGAGGAGCCCUUUAUGAGGCGGUGUGAUGGACUGACCAGUGAUACCCAGCUUUAACGUGAAACAUUUUCAUCCCUGUUAAAAUUUGUAUUAAAUGAACCAUAAACAAAUCACACAAAUUUAUUUUCAUUUCAAAAAUGUGACUGUGCUCCAGGCGUUAGCUGAAAAUUCAUUUCACUGAGAGAUUGCAUAAGGACUCAUAUCUCUGCACUUUCCUCCAACUGAUAACAUAGGGUCAUGGUAAUAUAGUGGUAAUGUUACUGGACUAGUCAUCCAGAUGCCCGGACCAAUGAUCCAGAGUUCAGAUACAAGUUCAAAUCUCACCUUGUGGAAAUUAAAUAUCAGUUUAUUAAUAAAUUUGGAAUAGAAAGCUAGUCUUGGUAAUGACACUAUAUAAAAACAUAUCUGGUUAACUAAAGUGCCAUCCCAGACCCACAGCAAUGUGGUUGGCUUGAUUUUAACUGCCUCUCUGAAAUGGCCCAGAAAGCCAUAGAGUUAGAAGAUGGCCCACCACCACCUUUUCAAGGGCAAUUAGGGAUGGGCAACAAGUUCUGGGAUUGCCAGUAAAGUUCACAUCUUUCCCAUGAGAGAAAAGGAAAAAACCUUCUGCUCAUCCAAUUUUGGCCUCUUGCACAUCCCUGAUUUUUAUUGCUCCAUCACUGAUGGCCAUGCCUUCCACUGUCCAGAUCCUAAACUCUGGAAUCCCUCCCUAAGGUUCUUAUUCCUUCUCAUUUGAACUGAAUCCUUCACCAGGUAAUGCUUUCCCGAACCUCAUGAACUAAACCCCCAGGAGAGAGAGACUGUAUGGUCGCUGAUGUUUGAGGCAGGUGGACUGAGAGGCCUUGCUUACUGAGAAUGGUGGGGCGGCAAUCCUAGCCUCUUUGGGAAACUUUCCGGGAAAUGCAUGUCGACCAAGUUUUACCAUGGUGCUAGCAGCACGCCUUCUAGCACAGAUGCCGUGGCAAUGCAUGGUGUGUUACAUUGUGGUGGCAGGCAAAUUUAAGGAAGGAGAGAGUCACUGAGGACAUUAACGGACAGGGGGAGGGAUGAGUGCCAUCCUGGAGGCUUCUGCGUUGAUGAUGUCUCUUUCCUCCAUGGGGAGACUGUCUCCACCCAAUUUAGGAUAAUUUUGUCUAUCGGAGAUAUGGAGCUUCAGCUUUUACUUUCUUAUUUGUUCUUAGAUUGUAGGCAAGGCUGCAUUUAUUGUUGUCUCCUCGUGGCCCUGGGAAGGUGGUGAUAGGCCUCCCUUUUUAACCAAUUCCACUCUUUGUAUUGAAAGUACACAGACCAUGGUUUUCGGUAGGGGUUCACAGCAAUUGUCUUUGCAGCUGAUUGGUUUGCAUUAAUGCCGGGAAUUUCCCAGGGCGCUCUUGUGAUUGGCUGUUGCAUAUGCACCAGAAAAUCGGCGGAAACCCCAGAUUCACACAAAAGCCAAAGUUAUGGUGGUCAAUCAGGAGAUCCACAAGGAAAUUCCCAAUACCCAACCCACACAGGGAACAAGGUACUAUUAUGAUAAUGAAUGGAGUUGGAAAGUAUAUAGGAAGGCCCGCCCACACAUUGUCAGUGCAACUAAUUUGUGCUUUUGAUGGUGAGCAUAAGAUUUACCAUUGAUUUCAGGGGGAAGCCUGUGAAUGUUUACAAUGGUUAUUUGGUUUCUAGGUGAUAGAUUUCGAUUUUAGGGAUUUAAUAGUGGGAUGGGUGGGAGUCUUUUUUUAGCUGGCUAGAGUGAAGUUGGCAUAAAGAUGAGCCCCUGGAGAAAACCUUAUACGUGAUAUGACUGCUGAGUAACAAAAGUAGAAAAUAGCCAGUUAGAAAGGGGAGGAGCACAGAUAAUGAACCAUUCUUAAGGCUGAUCUAAUGGAGAACUUGAUAGGGUAGGCAGAGAGAAACUGUUUCCUCGGGUGGGGUUGGGGGCGG